AUGCGGAGCCUGUCUCCAUGCAUGAGCCGCAUGCGCCACCCCACCCACACCUCCGCCAGCGCCGCCGCAAUACUGAAACUGGGCGCGUUCUUUCCGUCCGCCUUCCGCCUCCCACUGCUCUUUUCCCCCUUCCUUCUCAUUCAACUCCCCCCCCCAAAUUCACCCCCCUUCCCCUCCAUACCCGCCUUUCUUCCUCCCCUUUCCCCUUCCCCCCCCUCCCCCCCCCCCCCCAACACCCUCCCCGCGAUAUUUCUCCCCCUGCUCUGGAAAGUCACGUGUCCCCUCGGGAUUUGGUGCGCCACCUCGCUGCUGCCUAAGGCAGCGCAGGCACUCGCGCGCACGACCACCGCUUCCGCGCCGAUCCGCCCCGCGCUCGCCGCAUCCACCCCCAUCUCCGCACACACCCCCACGCUCCCCAUCCCCCUCCACACCGCCUUCCUCCUUCCUGCAUCCGCCCGCGCGAUCGCCACUUCCGCACCCACCUCCGCGUCCGCCUCCGCUUCCGCCUCCGCCUCCCCUUCCGGCGCCGCCGCGCCCGCGGCGGGCGGAUCCGCGGUGGAUUACGUGGUGGCGAAGGUGGACGAUCUGAUGAACUGGGCUCGCACGAGCUCCAUGUGGCCCAUGACGUUCGGCCUCGCGUGCUGCGCCGUCGAGAUGAUGCACGCCGGCGCCGCGCGCUACGACCUGGAUCGCUUCGGGAUCAUCUUCCGGCCCAGCCCGCGCCAGUCGGAUGUUAUGAUCGUCGCGGGGACGCUGACCAAUAAGAUGGCUCCGGCGCUCCGCAAGGUGUACGAUCAGAUGCCAGAGCCACGGUGGGUGGUGUCGAUGGGCAGCUGUGCCAACGGCGGCGGGUACUACCACUACUCGUACUCCGUGGUGCGCGGCUGCGACCGCAUCGUGCCUGUUGACAUCUACGUGCCCGGCUGCCCGCCCACCGCAGAGGCGCUGCUGUACGGGCUGCUGCAGCUGCAGAAGAAGAUCCACCGCCGCCGUGAUGUUAGCCUCUGGUGGCGCAAGUAG